AUAUGGCAUCUGAAAAAGAUGAUAUAAAGUUCGUGAGCAAGCUAGACGAGGAGAGUAAGAAGAAGGCGAAAAGGGAACUGAACGAGCUCAAUGACACAGAUAGAAUACUUGCUGUACAAUCGUUUAGACAGUGGAUAUUACAACAGAAAUGGCUGAAAACACCUACAGAUUUUGGGUUUCUGUUGAGAUUUUUGAGAGCCAGGAAGUUCAGUCAGUUGGAGGCCAGGAAGACGCUGGAGAACUACUGGACAUGUAAAACAAAUACCCCGGAGUGGUAUAGAGACGUGGAUCCUUCUGAACCAGCUAUAAAGGAAAUUCUUGAAACAGGAUUUUAUGUUAUACCUAAGCAGUUAGACAAGCAUGGUAGACGAGUCAUCAUUGAAAAUCUCGCAAAAUUGAAAUCAAAAGACGUGAAGAGGUGGACAGUUGACAACAUAUUCCGGACGAUAACGUUGAUAUGUGACUGGGUUAACAGAGACGAGAACGUACAAGUGAAUGGUAUCAUAGUAUUUAUAGACAAUACAGGCGUCACAAUGAACCAUAUGAUGACAUUAUGGAGUCCAGAAAACGGGAAAAAGAUCAUGCAGUUUUACCAGAAUGCCCUUCCAGCAAGAAUGAAAGGUCUCCACUUGUACAACGAGCCACAUUUUUUUGACGCAAUGUAUGCAUUGUUUUCACAUCUGAUGAAACAGAAAACAAAAGACAGGAUGUUUUUACACGGGAAUUCUUUAACAAAGGUGUACGAUGAGAUAGGUAUGUCUGUGUUACCUGACGAGUAUCUGCCUGACGAUUACGAGGGACCAAGGGUUGGGACAUGUGACGAAGUUACUGCUGAAAUGAUAAAAGACCUGAACAGCCCUGAAUUCAAGGAAUAUAUCAAAGAUCUGUCUAGUGAAAAAUACAAAGUGGACUUCAAAGAAAGAAAACAGGACGAUGCCCCUGUUGCAUCUUUCAGAAAACUUAAUGUGGAUUGAAUCACUUAAUGUGGAUUGAAACGCGUAAUGUGUAAUGAAACAGUUAAUGAGGGAGAUUGAAGCACUGACUGUUAACUAUUAAGUUGUGCAAUUUUCUCUCAAAGAGGAACAAUGUUUAAGCGAUUCGACUUGCCAGAAAAUUUCAUUUAAUCACGUGUUUUUAAAUAUAUCAUUUAUAUCCUAAUAUGAGAGUGACUGAAUAUAAAUUGUACUGUAGAACCAUUAUUUUUCCUGGAUUUGUUUCAUGGAAGUAUAAAUUGAAACAAAGAAAGCUAAAAAAGAUCAAAUUCAACAGUUCUUUUAUCAAAAAUAUCCGUUACAUGCAUAGUGACACCAACUUUUUUCUUUCCAUUCUUAAGGGUUUGGGGUGUCAUUAAAGCAAUUUUAGAAAUGCUUGAACAGUAGAAAAAGAAAAUUCCGUAUUAGAUAAAAGCGAAUCCGUUAACCUUUAUACUUUUUUUUGUCAUUACUUCAUAAGUACUCGAUGCUUGUUUUCGAGAAUGUGGAUAAAAUAAUAGAGAAAACACUUUUUAUGUUUCAAAUUUCGUUUCUUAACCGACAGUUAAUCCCUGUACUAUGGAUGUUUUAUACUUCAUGUCAUAUAAACAUUACAAUCAACUCCAAAAAGUCUGAUGACUCCUGAAUUUUACUUUCAGUGGCAGAAGAUUAUUCUAACAUGAAAGAUUUAUUCUUCAGCCAAAAAAAAAAAAUAAAUCGAGGCACUCCAAAUCUUUUCGGCAAAGUCAAAUCAAACUAAUAAUGAAAUAUACAAAAUAUACGACAAUGAUGUAGCCGAUGUAAGUUCAAAUACCCAUCAAGGUCUCACGAGAGCCAAUUCCAUCCAAGUCAUUGCGGAAGAGAACGUUGUCAGAAACAUACAGAAGGUUAUACAGUUUCCUAAUAGUGGAAAUGCACACUUCAGGACUGGAUAUUCGGUCUUUCUUACACAUAUUCCGAAUGUAUGUUUCGCCUAUACUUUUGUUUGGUCUGGAAAUCAUCCUUACACAGACAAAAUUACUUGAUAAGUUAGAACUGUUUCAGAAGAAAAGUCUCAAACAGCUUUUUGCCUUACCGUAGAAUACAGCGAACGCAGCAGUCUACAUUUUGACCGGUUUUCUACCUAUGGAAUCAUUAGCGAGCAUUAAUACUUUCCAAUAACAUUAUGUUUGCAAGACGAUAAUUCCGUCGAAAAGCGACUGGCUAGAAGACAACUACUUGACCAAUAUCCAGAGAGUAAUAGCUGGUUUAUUGAAUUGUCCAAGAUCUUAUGUCUGUAUGAUUUGGGUGAUCCAUAAGAACUUCUAGUCAACCUAGUUGACUCAAUAGGUAGAGCACUGGUCUACGGAUCGCGGGAUAUUGAGUUCGAUCCUCGGGCAGGGCAUAUGUUCUCCGUGACUAUUUGAUAAAUGACAUUGUGUCUGAAGUUAUACAGAAACUCUGUGAUCUAGAAUCAAGUUGUAAAAAACUAGUGUCCAGACUUCAUUCGGAAAGAUAUAGACAUUUAAAUUUGAAGAAUAAGUUUGUAUCAACAUCAACAGUUCGGCAUAGGACUACACCCUAAUUCUCAUAACAUUUAAAGACUUAUAAAUCAAGCACAUUACGAACUCAGAGUAGAAAGUUAAACAGUGUUCUUAGUAUAAAUUUAUACAUCAGUGUAAAUAAGGUAUGACGGUAUUAAAAACAUUUCGUCUUUGAGUCAUAUUAAAUUGUCAUAGUCUA